CAUAAUUGGGGGUCUCCAGCCAUCGCUGUCACAUGGAACUAUCGUGAGCCGAGGGGCUGCGUGCAGAGAUGGAGGGGGCCUGAAAUGUGGAGGUAAUUCAGACAAUUGUCAUAAUACAGGAACUCAAAUGUUUAUAUUUCUUCUCUGCGUUUGUCGCGCAAAACGUGGACUCGUGGAUACGACGCAUUGGGGUGACACGCCGGGCUGUGGAAGAAUGACAGACUCAAUAUGCUGCAUUCUUCGUUUCUGAAACGCACGACACCAGAGUUCACAUUUUUGAUUGAUUAUGCUUGCGGAGAGUGCGUGGUACGAGUGGAAGCAACCCAAAUUAAAGGAACCCAGCAAAGUAAACGCAGCGCUCCGUCGCGCCUCCUGCAGCUCUGAUCUGAAUCCCAGUGAGACAGUGGCGCUUCCCAGGGUGCAUGAGCGCGUGUGUGUGAGCGCGUGUGUGUGACAGCAAGCGAGCGCCAGCGCUCCCACAUGGCCUCCAUGCAGGACGGGCUGAACUUCACGGCUCCUCCCUACGGCAAGGUCCUGCUGCUGGGUGCUAUCGCUGCUGCCUCGGCCUUCCUGGUCACCAUCCUCAUCGUGGUGCUCUGCGUGGGCUGCCAGAGGAAGGGGAAGACACACAAUGUUUCUGGAGAGGGUGGAAAGCACCGCCUCAUGGACAUGGGCAUACUCAAGCAGUCCAAGUUGCGGUCCAUCAGUAAGUCGGACACUGAGAUGAGCAAGAUGAACUGCAAUGGGAAAAGCAGGCAGCUCCCUCAGAUGACCUCAGGCACCGGGGAGGACGGUGAGCACACCUACUCCGAGGUGGGCCAGCGCUCCUCCGCCGCGCGCGCCGACGACGCUCUGUACGCCAUGGUGGGCCGGGCGGGGCAGACGGACACCCCGGCCCCGCCCGCCGUGCCCGCCAACACGCCGGCGCCCCCCGACCCGGACGCAGAGGCGGUGGAGGUGCUGCCGGAGCCGGAGGGGGCGGUCAUGACCCCGCCCCACCCCCAGGAGGCGGCGGAGUACGCCUGCGUCCGCAAGCUGAGGAAGGCGGAGAAGGCCCCGCAGAAGAGGGACAGCGGCACGGACAUGGGCGAGGCCCCGGCCGCGCCCACCCGCCACGCCCCGCCCUCGCACCCCGCCCCGCCGCCGCCGCACCCCCACAGCACCAAGCUGCCCCGCAGGAACGUGGAGGCCUUCCACCUGCCCACGUUCCCCAAGGAGGCCGUGUUUAUGGGUAACGGGGAACAGUACAUCUGGAAGCCACCGGAGGAAGAAGACCUCAUUAUGCUCCAGAAUAAAAGCCUGGCCCAGCUCGGCCCUCACACUGUAGAGAACCUGCAGCCGUCUGCCGCCGCGGUGGCGGAGAUGUACUCUAAGGUUUGUAAAACGGGCAAGAAGAAGAGGGCGGGCCCCGGGUCCCCCCCGGCCAACCCGGGCUUCCGGACCCUCGGGCGCGGCGACCGGGACCGGGACCGGGACGGCGGCUUCAGCGUGGUGGUGAAGCCCCAGACGUGGGCCCCGCAGGAGGGCAAGGCGGCGGGGGCGGGCGGGGGGCACCCGGACGACCACUGCUACGAGUCCAUCGGCACCGAGGAGCACGACCCGGCCUACGAGAACGUGGAGGCGGGCGGCGGCUGGAAGAGGGAGCGGCCCCCCAACACCUGCGCCACCCUGCGUCCCCGCCGCAAGAAGAGCCAGCAGCCGCUGCAGCAGCAGCAGCCCCCGCCGCCCCCCCCCACCCAGCAGACUCCCAAGCUGCAGCACCUGCCCGCCAAGGCCCUGCUGCUGCCCGGGGAGAACCUGUACGAGAGCAUCGGGGACCUGAAGCAGGGCUCCGCCAACUCCAGCACCACCACCAUCUUCACCUUCAACGACGGCAUGGAGAUGUACGUCACGGGGCUCUAAGGCUAAGCCCUGUGACCGUCGUCGUCGUCCCCCCCCCCCCACCGGCCCCCCCGUCCUCAUGUGGAACCAGAGGAGCUGGGCUGACACAAGAAGGAGCCGAACGGUUGUGCCGCCCCCCCCCCCUCCCCCCCUCCGCUCACGCUCACUCUCUCAUACAUGCUGUUUACAUUGAAUCAUGGCAUCACGCCUUUAGAGGCUAGAGGCCUUAGGGCAAAUCAUGUGGAAGGCGGUGGUGUGUUUUGACUGGGGCUGACGACCAGCGCGUCUCUUAUCCAGCUGUACACAGCACCUUAAAAGGAAUCCAAAGGUGGUGAAUAAUGAAUGAGCACAAGAUCAUUACAGAGGAGUCUGUCAGUGAUAGUAGCACUUCUUUAUCAUUGAUUCAUGUGCAAAGCACAAGUAGAAAGAAAGAAUAUUCUUCCUCAAUUUGAGCGGGUAAAAAUCUGGUCCUAGCAGGACCCCCAUUCGGGGAGCGAGCACAAUGCUGUGCAGAAUCCUUUGGUAGCACUUAGUCUGUUCCGGGUCGUUGGUUAACAUGUGAAUUAAGAGGGGAUUUAAAUGAUAUAAAGGAAUGAAUUACUAAUCAAAAAUACUUGAAUGCUCAGGGACCAAGAGUAGAAAUUAUGAGAGUAUUAUUAUCACAAAAAUUGCACACAUUUUGCAUUCCUUCGAAAAGCUUUGACUAAUUUUGAGCAUACUCACGUUUAGAAGCGAUCCAGAAGCUUUCCCUCUGUCACGUUUUGUCUCAUCCUUCACAGACUCACAGGGAGUCUCCACUGCCGUAUGUAAAUUAAGUGUUUUACUUUGUCGAUACUGUCUCUGCACUUUGCCUGCUACGAGUUGCAUGCUUAGAGAAAACCUUGAAAAACAAAACAAAAAAUCACGCCGUGUCAUGUAAUACCUAAUAUGAAUGGUUUAUUUUGUUUUGUUUCGUUGCAGCUGUUGUUGGUUGUUAAGUUAAUUUAUUGUGUGUUGCUAUAUUAUUUCCUCUAGAGCACAAUAUCAUUUAGAUUAAAUAUGUAUGGGCUCACCGGGACACUGCGCAGCACUGAGGGGGGGGCGUGUAACGGCCCCCCUCCGGUACUGACAGCAACACAACUCAGUAGGCCUACAAUUAAGACGAGACUAUAAAGGAAGUGCUUGGGACUGUUAUAGUCAGUGUUGCCAGAUUGGGCAAUCCCCGCCCAAUCUGGCAAACCUGGCCCCACCUGGCAACACUGGUCAUAGCAGGAGUUGGAGUCGGGUCACAAAGCGCCCCCAUCCCCCGACCCCCACCCUCUUUGCAUCGUCAUCCCUUCUCAGAUGUGUGGUGGACAAGCCAUGACUAUAGUCUCUCUGCCUUGUGUUCGAACUGGUUCUGUCCAGGGCCUGAUCCCGAGUGCUGCUGCGUUCAACCAAGCUAGUAGAAUCGACGUGUCGUGUAGCGAACCGUUUAAUGUUUCACCGUCGAGCCAUCAAUGAACUCUCUCUCUCUCUCUCUCUCUCUCUCUCCCUCUCUCUUUUUCUCUCUCACUCUCUGUAUUGCUCUCUCUCUCCCUCUCUCUCUCUCUCUCUGUUGUCAGUGUUAUAAUAUAGACAUCGCUGAAAUGACAUAAAUGUGAAGCUAAGACUUAUUGCUAAGGAGAGUAUCAUCUGAGACCUUGUAAAAAAAAGAAAUUAAAAAAAGUCCUGAACAAUGAAAUUGAGGAGAAAAAAUGAACAAAAACAUUUUGACCAAAAUAACCCCAGGAAACAAUGUGAUUAUACUGUAUGUUGAUGCAAUGUGUAUGUACAUUACAAAAGAGAAAGAAUAAUAAAUACUAUCAUUGGUGUCAAUAAAUCUAUCUUUUAAUAUUAUGUUUAAUUGUGUUUUGGAAUGACUUAUCUCGUAACACAAUUGAAAAACUGCUACAAUGUAAAUUGAAUCGUGUUCUGUUCGUUCCUUUGGCGGCGAGGGAGUUAAGCGGUGUGUUCUUUGGAAAGCUCUGCUAAGUUUAAUGUGGCAGCUGAUGUUGUGUGUUCGCUAUCCAGACGACAGGGUCUUGUACUCAAAAAGCGUGUAAUUAAGUGCUAAGUGCAAAAGAUUGUAAUGUUUUAUAUUAAGAUUACUAUUCAUGAAAAUGUCAGUCAAGUUUAUACUUUUGUAAUAAAGUGGCACUUUAAAAAAUGCA